GACAAUUUUCUCGCCGGUUAAAUGAGAAUCCGUCAAAUUCGAGGGGUUCCCAAGUGGCAAGUGAUGCUCACAAUCGCUGUUGGUGUUAUUGGAGGCACUUACAUUUACAGACCACUGAUAAUCAAGUAUCAUCAGCAAUCCCAAGCACCCGGAAGUCUUGGAGAGAAUUCCGCAGCCACAAGUAGUAACACACCACAAGUGAAAAUGGCUCCGAGAAAAGCGCCGGGAAUCUUUACGGGACUCUUUGGAAUCACCUGUGUCACAGUACUCAUAUGUAUGAGUUACAAAAUCUUCAUCCAGCCUUACACGCACACGAAGCGCCUGAGAGAAGCGGAAGAGUAUGCAGAGUAUAUCUACAGACGUGAACAGGCAGCCAAAAGUCAGUCUCAUGAGUAGUUUUCAAUCUUACAGAAUUGAAGAAAAUAGCGAAAAUAGCAAUUGGAUUAAUUAUUUUGCUUUUAAAUUUAGAUAAAAAGUGCAUUAGCAUUGUCUCAGAUCACAGAGGAAACUCUAAAUUGAGGAUAUUGCAUGAUCAUUAAUGAGAGGAUGCAUUUAUCGAUUUCUGGAUGAUUGCCAAGUACAAAACGAUCAAUCAGAAGGGAUCAUUUGUAAAUCAUUCUCAAAUUAUGAUCGUAAUUUUUUGCGCCACAUUUUCGACUAUUUGUUUGUUCAAAUAUGGGGAGAGAAUAGCUCAACAAAGAAAGAUUAAUUGUCUGAGAGCAGAUAUAAUUGUCGAGAAACUGUGAGAUGCAAACGAGAGAAGGCGCACCGACGAAAAAUUCAAUUUGGCGAAUCUUCAAGUGAGCCAACGAGCUCAACACAGAUUUAAUUCUCAUCAGUUGAUCGUCUCAAUUCCACCGCGACGGUUCUCAUAGAGACUGUAAAAUCCCGGGAAGAUCUUUUAUAUUCAGUGCGUCCUAAU